AUGGCAUCUCGCCCACCGGUUUUCGACCAGACGGUGAGCAGCUGGAGCACGUACAGGAUACGGCUGGAAGCUUAUUUUGAGGGCAAUGGAAUUACCGACACGGCCAAAUGCCGAGCUUUGCUGGUGUCUUCAUUGAGCGAUAAUGUCGUGCGCAUGUUGCAAGGACGCCUUCCAACCGUGUCGGUUAACAGCCAGACUUACGAUGAAGUCGUUGAAUACCUUGAGGAACAUUACAAUCCUCAAGUUAAUGAAAUAGCGGCGAGUUUCUCGAUCUUCAUGCGCAAACAAAGGGACGGAGAGAGUGUUCGGGAAUACAUUGCCGACCUUCGGAGACUGGCGGAAAGUUGCAACUUCGGCAACUCGCUGCACCGUAUGCUGCGAGACCGCAUAGUAUGUGGAAUCAGGGACGACAAUGCACAACGCUGCCUAUUAACGCGGAAGAAGCUAACUUUUGAGGAAGCAGAAGAAUUUGCCAUAGCUUCAGAGAAGGCGCUAGGCGACAUUCGUCACAUGCGAGAAGCAGACCCAGUGACUACAGGAACCAGCAUCAAUGUUGUACAGUCGCAGCGAGGACGACGACCCUGGACGAAGUGGAACACGGCAAAGAACAACCAUUCAUGUGAGCGUUGCGGCGGCCCCCACACAACACACAUGUGCCGUCAUCGAAACACCAAGUGCCACCAUUGCGGCAGGAAAGGUCAUCUGGCGAAGGUUUGCAGCAGUGGCCGCCCUCGAGAACGUGGUGCCUUUGCCGUCGAGGAAAUGAAAGGUGAGAACGAAGAAGAAAUGUUGCUUACUCUUGUCGCUCACAGCUCCGCCGACAGAGCUAUAUUGAAGCCUCUCGAGGAAGAGUUGACAUGGCAGGGCCGGAAAUUGCGAAUGAUUCUAGAUAUGGGUUAUCCGGUCAGCGUCAUACCGAAGAACAUAUUUAAGAAACAUCGCAAAUGGUGGCCGGCACUGGAAAAAACGUCGCUCUGCUUAAGAUGCUUCCUCGGGCCAUUGCCAGUUGUUGGCGAGAUAACCAUGAGGGUUCAGUCUGGAUCGGCUGUUGUGACCAGCACGCUAAUCGUGGUGGCAUGUAACGGACCACUGCUGUGCGGCCGUAACACGAUAGAGGCCUUCCGUAAGGCGGGUAUGUCCUUCUGGGACACUAGAACUACCUCAAGUGUAAAUGUUUUUCGGGAUAACAAGAUGACACCUCUGCUCGAUGAAUUCUCGGAUCUUUUUGAGAACAAGCUUGGCUGUUGCAAGGGCCCCCCUGUGCAAUUACACCUCAAGGAAGGAGCCCGCCCACGUUUCUGUAAGGCACGUACAGUGCCUUAUGCCAUGCGCUCCAAAGUUUCGGCCGAGAUCGACCGUCUUGUGCAAGACGGAGUGCUUUCGCCGAUGAGCAUUUCAGAUUGGGCAACACCGGUGGUUCCGGUAGCAAAAAAGAAUGACUAUAUACGAUUGUGUGGCGACUUCAAGUUAACAGUCAACCCGGUGUCUCACUUGGAACAGUAUCUCCAGCCCAAAGUUGAAGACAUAUUUGCGGCGCUUUCGGGAGGCGAAGUCUUCAGCACUCUGGACCUACGCAACGCGUACAAUCAGCUGCCGCUGGACGACGAAGCUAGAAAGACAGCGGUACUCAACACACGCCAGGGCCUUUACUGCUACAAUCGCGUAGCAUUUGGAAUUGCUUCAGCCCCUGCCUUGUUCCAGCAACGCAUGGAAUCGAUUUUGCAAGGUUUGCCGAAUGUUCAAGUGUACCUCGACGACAUCAUUGUGGCGGAAAAGGAAAAUGACACAUCGGUACUACGGCAGGUGUUUCAGCGGCUUCGUGAACACAACCUGAAGUUGAACAAAGCCAAGUGCCGUUUUAGGGAAGCACAAGUGUCGUUUCUGGGGCACCGCAUUGAUGCCAAAGGUCUUCAUCCUCUGCAAGAUAAUUUCGAGGCGGUACUGGCCACGCUGAAGCCAACAUCGAGGAAGAUGCACAUUUUGCACAUGCACAUGCACAAUGCACAUUUUCCGGAGGAAGAGGCGGCACGGAAUCCCACGAGUUACUGA